AGCUGUCUGACACAGUGGACUAAAGACUACACAGCAUCACUGAAGAAUACAGCCUAACAUCAAAUGUGGGAGAAAGGACAGGGAAGUAGAUGAAGGUCAGACGGGUGGAAGAAGGCACACAACAAUAAUAUUAGGGAAAUGAAGAAGACCGGAGUGGAGAAUUUAAAUUAUGACUCAUGUAAUUAACUGCUGGUGACUACAAACAUUCUGACACACACACACACACAUCCUCACGACAACCAUAAAAUCAUCCGGACGGAGGACUGAAACAAAUUGUGAUUAAAAAGAUAAAAGACAACCCAGACACAUAGUCUCCUGUUGGGCACUGGGGGGAGUAGUGCGUUGAUGAUGUGCGACGGUGUUAUCGAAGCAACCUGCCCCCGUACCUCUCUUCGUAGCCUCCGAUCUCUGCUGACAUUAACAGUGCAGCCCAUUAUGCAUUUGCGGUAAAUGCAAGGAGAUUGAACCGGUAAGAAGGUAAGAAAUGAGAGGCCAACCACGGCUGUCCCUGGUCGCCUUCUCCGCAGUGCUGCUCAGUCUAUGCCGCGCGACAGUCGGAGUCUCCAACCGGACGCGUGCUGCGCAAUCCGCAUCAGACGAGGGUGAGAAAGACGUAGGUUUCUCCCCAAACUCUGACCAGCACCACAACCACAGUGUUGAUUAUUUUAGUAAGAAAGAAACAAUGAGCACACUAAAGCCGCAAGGGGACCUCAGCAACAGGAAUCGCAAGUCCUCAAUCAACACCAGCAGAGACAAAACAGGCACCACUGUGAUAUCUGGCAGGCCAGACCAUGCCCAAGGUGCAACAGGGUGGGCCAUGGCCAUGGAAGCCGGAGUGGCACCAAUAUGUGCUUACCGAGUGACGGAGGGGGGGACUGGAGGACGGUUGUGUUUUCGAUACACACAUUUUGAUUUCAAGUGUAAUCGUGAAGACUGCCAGAGUGUUCUAUCUCCAGGAGGGUUCCUGCUGGCAAACAUUCUGACCAAUGGCAGCGUGUUGCUACAGUGGACCCAGGGAGGUCUGAGGGAUGAGGCGCAAGGGAAAACUACAGCAAACACAGCUGGACUUGACCCACAUAAACAAGAGAUGGGAACUAGAGGAACAAGUGGGAAGAGACAGAAAGGGGCCUCUGAGACAGGGGUUGUGGAAGAGAGCCGGUAUGUGAACACCCUACCAAAAAGGGCAUUUAAUGGACGACAAGUCCAAAGGGGUGGAUUCUGGCUAAGCUGCUGGUGGAACGGGAGCUACACCCAGUUUCAGUGCGCUGGUGUCCAUCUUAGCUCUGGUUGCAGGGACUUCCUUCUGACUGAGCUGCAUGAGAACGUCCCCUACCGCAUCUGCCUGCAUCCGCUGUCCUCCAACGUGACCCCACCACUCCACUCAGAAGGAGCAAGCCAGAGGGAUGACCCGGGGGACUGUGUGGAGUUCACUGUCUCUCCCUCGGGCAUGCAGGACAUUGUAAUCGCCAUGACAACAGUGGGGGGAGCCAUCUGUGUGAUGCUGGUUAUAAUCUGCCUGCUUGUGGCGUACAUCACUGAAAACAUCAUGAGCCCCACUACACAGCUCUCACACUCAACGUACCACACACACUCACACCAUUAAUGUUACUCUCCUUCUGGCACAAACGCACACACACACACAUUGUAUACACACAUACUGCACAGACAUUUUUAGCAAUAUCACAGACUUUUCUUUUAAUGCACCUUUAAAUCAAUACACUAAAAACAAAUUUUAUGUAACAUGCUAUGGUUGAACACCCACCCACACACAUAAUAAAAAUCUCACACUGAGAUUCAGGGCAUCGCACUUUACACACUACUAAAACACACCAUACUGAUGUGAAAGCUUAUAAAAGAUUGAUGGACAAUCACAACAGACCACCACAACUUCAACUAUGGAAUAAUUUUCAAAUAACAGGGCUCGGAUAAAGUUUUCUCUUUCUAUGUGUUUAUUGUCCUUUCAUGGGUAUUUAUCUCAUUAGCCUUUCAGGUAAUAAUCAAAGUCAUCUGUAUUGGAGAAGGAGAUAUAGUGUUAGGGCUAUUAGGUAAACUAUAAGUGAAAUGUGUUUUAUAGUUGAACAGUAAAAAAAAGUUGUGUGCUAACCAGUAGCCUAUAAACUAUUAUUUGGGUCUCCUUUGGAGCCCUGUUAUAGAUUUGCUAUGAUAACCUUUGUUCAGUGUAUAGUAAUAAGUGCAGUUUGUCCUUACAUUUUUUUGUUUUGUUUUUUUUUUACUCAGAGAAGUUUCACUUGUCGGAAAUGUAUCCUCAGGCACUAACAAUUGUUUCCUGUUCACCUUUCCUUCUCAUGGUUUUGGAGAUUUAUGUAAUGUUUUAUCUUUCUACAGGCUGGUCUGGUCUAUAAGCUGCCAAAUACUGUUCCAAACCCCUACUUUAUGGAGGCCCUGUGGAAUCAAUAAA